CGUUAAGUGUUUACGCAUUUCCGCUUAUCGCAACACGGCGCCACCAGAGGAACUUCCCCCAACCAGUUACAGUUGUCCUGACCUAACUUCUUUGUUCUCCGGCGCUUUCCGAAACAAGCUUAAGCUUCACCAUGGUCGACAAAAUGAGCAUGUCUCUGGACGACAUUAUCAAGCUGAACAACAAAGGAAGCCGUGGCGGAGGUUCGUCCCGCGCGAGUGAACGUUCAGCUGUCGCCGGUGGCUCCUCGAGGUCGACGCGGAGUCGAACGAAUCAUUUCAACCGCGAGAGAGGCAACAGGCCCGCACCGUACACCAGACCCAGAGAGUUGCCAGACAAAUGGCAGCACGACAUGUUUGAGCAGCAUGCUGGUGAACAUAGAGGACAGAGCUCAGGAGCAGACAGAAGUACAGAAAAUAGCACUAAACUGCUCAUUUCCAAUCUGGAUUUUGGAGUGUCUGACACAGACAUCAAAGAGCUGUUUGAAGACUUUGGGCCUCUGAGGAAAGUAUUGGUCCACUAUGACCGGUCUGGUCGCAGCAAAGGAAGUGCAGAUAUUUGCUUUGAAAAUACAGCAGAUGCAAUCACAGCCAUGAAGCACUAUAAUGGAGUCCCUCUAGAUGGUCGCCCUAUGAAGAUCGUACAAGUGACAUCAGACGUCGACUCGCAAAGUAGAAUAUACACACAGAGCUCCAACAGAGGCUUUGAUAGGAGUAGGCUCGGUCAGCCCACGUUUGAUAGGGGUGACAGAAAUGAAUGGAGUGAAAGGAGGAGAGGCGGCAACAGUGGAGGCUCAAGAGGUUGGGGAAGUGGACGAGGGAGAGGGAGAGGAAACAGACCCCAGCUGUCAGCUGAAGAGUUGGAUGCCCAGUUGGAUGCUUACAAUGCUAUGGCGAACAACAAUUAGCAUUUUGGAAAGAAACCUGCAAUCCACAUUUUUUUUUUUUAAUCAUCAUGGGUCUUAUUUCUUUUUGUUUAGAAACCAUUUUGCUGUAUGGAACAAUGUGUUCCGUUUUAAAUAUUUUACUGUUCUCGAUUCCAUGUUAAUGUCGGAUUGUCUUUGGUGAGAGGCCAACACAUGUUCUUGCUCCCUAAAUAGCUCUCAUUUUUUAAUUGCAAGAUGAUUUAGUACUUUAAUACCCUUUUUGUGUUAAAUUGUUUCAUAAUGUCUGUCACUUGGUACUGUAUACUUGACAUGUGAACAUCCCAGGGUUUUGUACAUAAACAUACAAUCAAAUUG